AUGUUCGCUCGUCUCUCUACCGUUGUCCUCACUGCCUCUGCCCUUGCGGUCGCCAUGCCCGGAGGCGGCUGGGGCGGAGGAAGCACCACCACUGUCACCGUGACGGCGCCCGCGACCACCGUCACUGCGGCCAGUCAGUGCAACACUGGUGACAUCCAGUGCUGCAACAGCACCUCCAGCGCCUCUGACCCAGCCACUAGCUUGCUCCUCGGUCUUCUUGGCAUCGUAGUGCAAGGCGUUGACGUCCUCGUCGGUAUCGACUGCUCGCCCAUCAGCGUCCUCAGCGGUGGAAGCUCCUGCACUGCCGAGCCCGUCUGCUGCGAGAACAAUAACUUCAACGGGCUCAUCUCUCUGGGCUGCUCCCCCAUCAACCUGAACCUCAAAUAA